AUGUCUUCAAAGACGGUAGUUUGGAGCAGUUUAGGGCGGUUCAUGCGCACCUCCCACCAUAGGCUUCUCGACGAAAAAUUGUUCCCAGCUUCCCACAACCGCCACGUCCAGUCGCGAUUGUUGUCUACCCCGUUAUCACUGAUUGCGGUACCGUCGUGGAUGUCAAAGUGUCGCACCUCAGCCGUUCGGCUCUCACGUCACCCUCCUCAGGUUUCGGGGCAAGAGCCUUGCGCCGUUACCGCAUCAUCAAGCGUGGGAACGUGGCAUGGCUCCAGCCCUGCUGGACUUCGUCGGUGCCAACAUGUACGAUCAUUAAACGGCUGGACAACGCCUGGUGAUGUGCCCAUACGGCAUGGAAGCAGAAGUAUCGCAACCAUUGCCACUGGAUGCGGUGGUGUUGGUGCUGGUGGGAUUAAUAGCUCAGUCGAUGUUGCUGAGGUUAGUGGUGUUAGUACAUCCGGAGUUGCAGCUGCUCCUACGGUAGCGCUUCCGCCUGGACCUCCUGUGGAGAAACCGCCGCUCAUUUGUGUCGUUAGGCGAGCCACACGCGGUGGUGCUGCUGCUGACUCGGUUGGGACGGGAACUCCUGGAAAAUGUGAUAAACCUCCCGACUCUUCCAACACGUUGGUUGGUACAAUAGCCCGGGUGCUGAGUAGUAGUGGGGAAUGUGGACGCCACAGCAAUGCAAACCAAGAGGGAUAUUCUCUUGGAUCACGGCCGGCUAGGAAAAUAUUAGUUAAACUGGAGGCUGAUACGGUCGCAGCCCCUCUUGCCGAUACUAAGGAAAAGCAGAUAUAUGUUCAGCAACAACCGGUGGUUGUGGCACAAUCACCUUUAGCGAGAAGCAGUAGCACCGUUACUUGGGAAGAAGGGGACACGCUUGUGUACAAUAUUUUUACUCAGCGGGUAGUGAAAAGCUCGUCGGCCAGUAUCCGCGCGCUCUCUGUACUUGGUGUAGGAGUUCGUUCCAGUGAGAAGGAGCUUUCCGUAGUUGAUCCGCAUGCACUGGUGGAGUUUCGUGAUAAACUCCGUGAGAAAGAGGUUAGUUGGCCAUCUGCGUGGCGUAGUUCCCUUUUUAACCAAUUACAACACGUACUGCUAAAAGACCAGCCUAUGGAAGAGAUGAUAUCCCGAGUUCAUGAGCUGCUACAGCUGCACUACCAGCGUGUGAAGCGUUCGUGCGUGGCAAACGUUACUAAGGGAGAACCCGACACGAAAACGGAAGAGGCGAACCCGGCUGGCGAUGAGGUUGCUAUAAACGGUGAAAUGACAUACCAUGAACGGUUGCUUGGCUACCCUGACUUAAACGAAGAACAGAGGCGUGUAGUAGACUUUGUGCUUCGCGGCUACAACACGUAUAUUGGUGGAGGGGCAGGGACUGGAAAGUCUCUUCUUCUGCGGGUAAUAAGGCAAGAACUUGUCAGCCGAGGCCUUACGGUAGCAACCACAGCGACAACAGGCAUAGCAGCAAGGCGUUUGAAUGGGGCAACGCUACAUCACUGCUUCGGUGUGAAUGUGUAUGGUGAGUUUACACGGCGAGCGGAGUUGAAGGAGUUCGAUGUGAUUAUCAUAGAUGAGGUUUCCAUGCUAUCAAAGGAGCUAUUUGAGUCACUUGAAUUCCAGCUCCGCCGGGCGAACGGUGUGGAUUUACCUUUCGGUGGCGUGCAAGUUAUCUUGUCUGGUGAUUUCCUCCAACUGGGUGCGAUCUGUUCCGUAUCGCUUGUCCACUCGUCAGUGUUCCGCCGUAAUUUUGCAAUGCUCAAGCUCCAGCGGGUUGUGCGGCAGGAAGGGAGUAGUAUUUUCGCCCAGCAGUUACAGGAAUUGCGACGGGGUACAGUGCCGCAUGAUCUGCAAGACACGGUUCAAUUCCUAUCCCCACCAGAAACAGCGAAAUGGUUAGAGGGUGAGGGAAAGGGCGCGGUGAAGUUGCUCCCCACGAACAAGGAAGUGGAUGAGGUGAAUCAAGCAGAGCUGGACAAGCUUCCCAGUGAUCUUGUCGUAUAUCCCGCACAAAUGCAAGCUCCAUCACUGGUUGGACGGUGGACUGCAACAUAUAUACUGGAGGCUGUGGUGAAAGACACGAAAAUGAUAGAUACGCAUAAGUUAACCAGGGCGCUAGAGCAGUAUGUGCUUGAUUUCCUUCAGAAAACACCUUAUGCCAGUGAUUAUACGCUACCGGUUGUAGGUCAGCGGUACAUUGUGCUGUACAAACUGUUUGUUGAUGCCUUCGCAUUUCGAGUUCGUAUACCACAAGACAUGAGUGAGAAGGACAUGCGGGACCUUGCGCUGCAUCUGCGUGGUUUGGAAACAUGGCUUCCGGCGUGUGGGCUUGGGGUUUUCUUGAGAGAAAUCCUUGACUCACCUGACGGACUGCAUACCGAUGCAGACGAUUACACGCUAACGCGAUAUGCAGAGCUUCACCCCAUGGCGUCUCCGCUACGCCUCAAGAAGGGUGCUAAAGUGAUGUUGCGUACAAACCUCGCCCCAGGUCUCGUAAAUGGUAGUCUUGGUGUAGUUGUCGGGUUCAAAGAACUUAGUGCAAAGCACCUUCCGCGAUUUGUAAACACACCAGGAAGGAUAGCCGCAGUUGAAAAUUACGCCGAGUACCUACGGUACGAGCACGGCUUCACCACUGCGUUUGCACCCGAGGUAGAUUUCGGAGGGGGGCGCGUGAUUGUUGUCCCACCCGUUCUUUUCUCAGUUGGAGGGCUGUCAAACACGAACCACUACCAUGUAGGCAUCGUAUCCCUGCCCCUUAGUUUAGCAUAUGCCUUCACCGUUCAUAAGGUGCAGGGACUAACGCUUGCCGGUCGUGUCCAUCUCGAACUGUCCCGCAUGUGGCCCUGUGAUCAUUUGUUAUACGUCGCCAUGAGUCGUGUACGCAACCCAGAGCAACUGACGGUGUCAUCGUUUCACAACAGUCUCGUGCGAUGUGCGUCUGAAUGUCUCCUCUUCGAUGACUCGUUGCCUCCGGUUGAACAAGUGCGGGUUUUGCCACACUUCUUCCAGGCAAGCUGGCAGCGCACACCCAGUAGACGUAAGGCGGCACUCCAGCGGAAAAGGGAGCAGGCAAAGCAAUCCAAGCAAAAGAAGGCUGCGAAACUGAAAGAAGCAAUGAUAAAGCAAGCGAAGGAAGCAACACCGUAA